AUGCUUAGAAAUCAAAAUACGAAAUAAGUAGUUUUAAUUGGAUAUAUUGGUCAUGGUAAAACAACUCUUUUUAAUAAAAUUUGUAAGGCAAAUUAACCAGUAGAAUUUGGUGGACCAUCUGUCACAAGACAAUCUGUUCUUAGUUAAAGUGCCUAUGGAGAAGGUUUUAAUUUGAUAGAUACUCCUGGUUUAGGGACAGAUAAAGAUAAAUUGGGUCAUGUAAUUUGCAUUUCGACAGCCUUAACCUUUGGAUUAAUUCAUUAGAUUUUAAUAAUUAUCUAGUUAGAGAGGCUACCAACAAUGAAAGAGAAGUUAAGACCAAUGAUCUAAUAGUAAUUUAAAAGAUUCAAAGAUAUCAUCACUGUUGUUGCAACUCAUAUGGAUAAAGCAGAUCAACCAGAAAAAAGGUAAUAAGAGUUAGUUGAUUUAAUUAAAGGAUAUAAUAUUAAGUCUUUGAUUUUUGUAUCAAAUGAAACAUAAGGAGAAGAUUUAUGUUUAAGGAUUGAUGUUAUUCUUUAGAACUGUGAUUAAAAAGGCAAAAUUUGUUAAUUAUCAUAAGCUGAAAUAUAAUCUCAUUUUGAUAUUAUUGAUUUAGCAGAUGAUGUAGUUGAUUAACUUAAUGAGGCAAAAGGUUAAGUUAGUGUUAAAUUUGAUAAAAUUGCAAAAGCUAUUAAAACAUUUAUUAAAAACUUUUCAGAGACUGAUCCAACUAUGCCUGAAGUUAUGCAUCAAUUAACAAUCGCUAUCAAAGAUUAUGCUGAUGAAACCCUCUUAAAAUUUGAAAAAGAUAACAUGAAUUUAUUUAAUGAUUUAUAUUCAAAACUUGAGGAUGAUAAAUUAGUUUAUUUAAUUGAUGCUCAAUUAAAAUAAGAAUUGGUAAUGGAAGUAAAUGGUUUGAUUUUUCUUGCUUAAAAUAAAAUGAAGAUAUCCUAAUAACAAUGUUUUAAUUAUAUAAAACAAUGCCCUCAUUGUGGUGAGAUUUGGAUGAAAGUUUAUGGAUGUGAAGAUCAAACAUUUUGUGGGAAAUUACCUGAAAAUGAAGAAGAACAUUUCAAAUAAUAAAAGACUCCAAAAAGAUUCAAAUUUUAAUUUUAGGAAUCAGGAAUAACUUAUCAUGAUUUGGGAAUUUAAUUUUCAAAAAAGGAUAAGAGUUAUUAAUUUUAGAAUUUAAUUCAGUCAUUCCAGAUUCCAUAAUAGAAUAGGGAAAGAGCACCAUCGAUGUAAGUAUUCGAAAGAUUCAACCAAUAAAUUAAAAAUUAUCAAGAAUAAAUAAUACCAAUUUAAAGACCUAAUUUAUAAAUGUUCUUAUAUGAACAUUUAAAUUUUGAAAGAAAAGGUAAGAUUGGCUGUGGUAAAUCAUUUAUAUGGCAUGAAUUAAAACCUUUACCUUAAGAAUAAUUAAAGGAAUUAUUAGAUCCAGGUUUGUUAGAUUAUUUGGCAAAUGUAGUAAGUGAAGAGAAAAAGGCUAAAUAAAUUGAAUUAGCUACCAAAAUUGAAAGCUUAAUGAAAACCAACUAAGUAGUUAUUCUGCAAUGA